GUGAAUGCCCGCUAGGGAGACGCCGUCCACCAGAGAAAGACCGAAGGGGACGAAUCGACAGCCGGCUCCCACCACCUCGAUGACGGCUCCGGAGCAGCACAACCGGCGCCCGAUGCCAAGCGGACGCCAGGAAAGCCGGCGCCGACUUCCGAAGACGUCGCCGGCACAGAAACCAACCGGGGCCGCUAUUAUAGGCUUCUUCGCGGUGAUUCCAGCGUCGGCCGAGGUCUCCGUGGACGAAGACCACGUGGAAGAUCAGAAAGGUGGCAGAACAAGCCCCGCCGACCGACGCCGACGCUUCAACCACCAUCGAGGUACCUGUACCGCCAAACGAGGAUGCUUGCCGGAAGCAGCCGCCGAGGACCUGCCUAUCCCCGAGCGACGCCGCCUGCCCACCAUCACUGGGAUUCCGAAACAUCGGCGUCGCUCGUGGUUCUACGCGUUCUACUCCUCCGGCAGCUCCUCUGGCCCAGCUGGUUGAAGGUCUCGACCGACGGUGACGCGCGGAGAUGCGAAGGCGAAAAGUCGGCGGCGCUGCGACUGCGUCGAUUGCGACUGCCACUGCCGUGGCCACAAGUUCGGGCCACGCCGACAACCGUGCGUCGCCAGUAGGCUGGCCA